AUGCCAACUGCUCUCUCGUAUCCCUCUCUCCAAUGCGUUCUCGAAUUUUUGGAUGCUAAUAAACGACAAUAUAUAGUCGCUCGUACUCCUACCAUCCAGCAAAUCAAUAAUUUAUUACCAAUCAAUUUGUCCAAUCUUGAAUUCACACCAUAUCGUCUGGCUCUAGACAGUUUGUAUAUCACAGUUUCUGAUACAAAACUGACAUGGAAGAAAAACAACGCAAGACUCGCGUGGGAGCAACGUUUUCCAGAGGGAGUAGAAAAAGAUGAAAUGUGGACGGAGAUUACCAAGUUUUAUUUGUCUGAGAGACAAAAAUUUCAUGUGAAUCGACUUCAUAUUUUUUCUACCGAGUCUCGUAUUGUUUUACCAUCAGAUGUGUCUUUGAGAGUCAAUGAGAUGAGAGUGGAUGGUUGUUUUAGUUUUAAAAACUAUUUAUCCAUCGUCGACCCAUCCAGUUUCCCUUUAAAAAGACUUUGUACCCUGAUUGAUGGGGAAAGUACUUUUGACAAUCCAGUGUUCAACUCUGCGGAGACACUCACAUGCACAUUUUCUCCUCGUACUCAAUUUAUACCACUGACCAAAUUUGACAAGGUUCUAAGUAAGAAUGUCAGAAUUGAUUAUACUUUUUUCUGGCAUGAAAAAGUUGUGGAAUUGAUUAAACACUGGAGAGAAGUUGGGAAAGAAAUAGGAACAAAUUAUGUGUUCUUUAAAGAUAACAAGGGAAACAUAACAGAUGCUCUGACAAAAUUGAAUGAUAUAUUCUCUGAAUUUAAUAACAAGUUAGAAGGAGUUGAUGAAAGAUUCAUCAUUGAUUCACCUCGUUUCUUAAUCCCAAUGAAUUCCACGGCAGAGAUUAUGAUGUAUGGAAAUGUGGCAACUGAACGUGGAUUGGACCACUAUGAGUUGACCGUCAAAAUAACGUCAAUCGACACUGACAUGCAGUCUCCUGCAAUAAAGAAGCCUCGAUUAGCUGCAGCGUGA